AUGGAUUCUCUUGAGUUUCCUCGUGUCGCCGAUCGCCAUAGAUUUUAUCUGAGCUCUUGUGAAUCAGGUACCGGUAUUGAUAUCUCAGAUUCGAAUGCAUGUUCACGGCGUCCAUCCUCAUCCUCAUCAUCCUCAUCAUUUUUAUCAUCAAAGAACGGUACAUCAGCAGUUAUUCCAUCUAUUCAUACAAAUGAUUUUUUAAUUGUACUGAAACGUUUACAUUGUUUAACACUGCGACGUCAAAAAAAUGGCCGAUAUCGAACACUUUCAUCAUCAUUACAUCUUUUCUUUAAAAAACAUCAUCCUUUAUCAAUGAAUCAAUUUUAUAAAUCACCAUCGGAUUCACAUUUAACAACAAAAGAUACAGAGAAAAAUCUCGUGUGUAAAAGAAACAAUAGUGAUCAUCAAUUACAUAUUAUCAAUAAAAAUAAAAAUAAACAAUUUAAUACUAAAAACGAUUAUUUUAAUAUUCAAAAACCAUUAUCCCAUUGUAUAAGAGCAUCGAAUAACACAGUUAGUGAAGAUAAUAAUACAAAUACAAUGAGUUCGUUCGAUUUACCAACAAUACUGCCAACAGUACUUGUCACAGAUACAAGUUGUUCAGCAACAUGUAUACAACAGAUUUUACCUAAUGAAACACAGCUUGCAUUUUUUCGGUUCUCAUCGGGUGUAACUGAAGGAAGUAGCAGUUCUCAGCAGUCAUAUCAAACUAAUGAUGAAACAAAUAGUGUUGAACGUGAAAUUGAAAUCACCAAUGUUACUAAAGAAGGAUGUGAUCAUGCCGAUUCGGCACAAUUUGAACUCUUACAAACACUUGGUGCAGGUUCAUUUGGAAAAGUUUUCCUUGUUCGUAAAAUUGUUGGACCUGACACAGGUACACUGUAUGCUAUGAAAGUGCUAAAUAAAGCUAGUCUCAAAGUUCGUGAUCGUCAAAGAACAAAAAUGGAACGAGACAUACUCGCACAAAUAUCUCAUCCAUUUAUUGUUAAACUUCAUUAUGCUUAUCAAACACGAGGCAAAGUUUAUUUAGUGCUCGAUUUUUUACGUGGUGGUGAUCUUUUCACACGUCUUUCGAAAGAAGUAAUGUUUACUGAACGAGAUGUGCAAUUUUACUUAGCCGAAUUAGCUCUUGCACUUGAUCAUUUACAUUCAUUGGGCAUUGUUUAUCGAGAUUUAAAGCCUGAAAAUAUUCUUUUGGAUUCCGAUGGCCAUAUUGCUUUAACAGACUUUGGCCUAUCAAAAGAAUCAGUGCCAACACAAGAUUCAAAAACAUUUUCAUUUUGUGGUACCGUUGAAUAUAUGUCACCUGAAGUAGUUUCACGUAAAGGACAUUCACAUGUGGCAGAUUGGUGGUCAUUUGGUGUACUUGCAUUCGAAAUGAUGACUGGACAUUUACCAUUUCAUGGUGCAAAUCGUAAGGAAACAAUGAAUUUGAUAUUAAAAGCUAAAUUAGCUAUGCCAACAUAUCCAUCAUCAGAAGCACAAGGUUUAUUACGAAUGUUAUUUAAACGGAAUCCAGCUAAUAGAUUAGGUUCUGGACCUGAUGGUUUUCGUAAUAUACAAAAACAUGAAUUUUUUGCUUCCAUCGAUUGGGAUAAAUUAUUUAGAAGAGAAAUUGAGCCGCCAUUUAUACCACCAAUCCAUACUGAUUAUGGACAUAAUUUCGAUAGAGAAUUUACAUGCAAAACACCAACAGAUUCACCUGGUAUUCCACCAAGUGCAGAUGCAAAUAAAACAUUCCAAGGUUUCAGUUAUAUUGCCCCAGAUUUAAUACAUGCUCGUCGAUCUGAUUUAUCUUAUGCAAAUGCUGUUGAACAACAUUUAAGAUCAGUAAUUGGUGUUAAAACAACACUAUUCACCGAUGAAUAUGUUUUAAAAGAACCAUUAGGGCGAGGAAAAACUUCAAUUUGUUAUCGUUGUGUACAUCGACAAACCCAUGUUGAAUAUGCUGUUAAAGUAAUAAAAGAUGCACAUAUCAAUGAUCCAUCAGAUGAAAUCGAACUAUUAUUUUGUUACAGACAAUUGUCACAUAUUGUUCGAAUACGAGAUGCUUUUUAUAAUUCACCUAUAGUAUAUAUUGUCACUGAAUUGAUGCGUGGUGGUGAAUUAUUAGAUAAAAUUUCUGAAGAAAAAUCAUUAUCUGAACGUGAAAGUGCAAAAAUAAUGUUUGUGCUUAUUAAAACAGUCGAACAAUUACAUAGAAAUUCAAUUGUACAUCGUGACCUUCAACCACGUAAUAUAAUGUAUCUCGAUGAAAAUCGUCAAGUAUCCUCAUUGCGCAUUGUUGAUUUUGGUUUUGCUAAACAACUCCGCGCUGACAACGGUUUAUUAAUGACACCGUGUUUUACAAAAGAAUAUGCUGCACCAGAAGUUUUAUCAAGAAAAAAAUAUGAUGAAUCCUGUGAUAUUUGGAGUUUGGGAGUUCUUCUAUAUACUCUAUUAGCUGGUAAUACGCCAUUUGCAUUCGAUCGAGAUGAUUCUCAUGAGCUUAUUCUUGCUCGUACGUCUGUUCAAUUACAAUUUACUGGACCAACAUGGGAUCGAGUAUCAUACAAUGCAAAAGCACUUGUGAGUUCAAUGCUUGAUAUCGAUCCAAAGAGCCGACCAAGUGCAGUUGAACUUUGUAAACAUCCAUGGUUUGCUAAUAUUGAUAGUUUACGUAAUGUAAAAUUGGGUAAUAUUCAAGAUCAUAAUCAUAUUCGAUAUAAUCUCGAUGCUACUUUUACCGCAAUGAAUCCUAACUCAAAUAAAACAUUAGCACUCGGUCCAAUAGGUGAUUCAAAUUUAUUUAAACGUCGUAAUGAAAGAACUAUUCAUCAACAACAAAUUGAAACAGUGAAAUAA